AUGGCAAACAAUGAAUUUGAAGCCACAAUUGCUUUGCAAACUUUGAGAGCUCCAAUGGACCCUUUUCCUGUGACAGCUGAAGAGAGGUUUUUGCAUGAGAUGAGGUUGAGGUAUCGAACAUACUAUGUCGAAUGCAAUGUUAACUAUGGUGCCGUUAGGUUGCCAAGAAUGUUCACAGAAGACUUUGGAGAAGAGUUGUGUCGUGUGGCUAUUUUGGUUGAUUCAAAUAAUAACCAGCUGGAGGUUUUAGUUGAUAAGAUUGACGAGGACGUGUAUUUCACUCGUGGUUGGGCUUCGGUUCGAAAUUUUUACAAUAUACGCUCUGGUGCUUGGGUUGUCUUAAUGUAUUCCGGAUUUGGACACUUUGGAAUUAACAUACAUGAUAGGCUUCAGUGUCCAGUCCCAGUCCCCACAUUCAUGCCACCGAUGAAUUUGAUAAUCGAUAAGAUAGAUGUGUCUCCUCAUUUUGUUGAUGAUUUGUCAGAGGAUCUUCAUGAUCUCUCUUAUGCUCAUGAUGACUGUUUUUUCGAUCUCUCAUAUGAAAAGUCGCUAACUUAUUUUGACGUUACGGACGGUUAUUUGAUGUUACCUCACCAUGGGUUUGGCGAAUAUGCUUUUCAUCGAGGUCUUACAUCUGUCAAAUUGGUUGAUGACUAUGGAAAUGCUUGGAUUUGUAGUUUGAUAUGCGGAACAUUUCCCAUUAAGCAUUUCAAGGUUGGCGGAGAGUGGAGUCGAUUGGUAGCUGCAAGGAGGCUGACUGCUGGUUCAGUAAUCACAAUUGGUGCUCAGCCAGAUGCUGACAAUGAAACCCUCUAUCUUAUUUUGGAUCCUUAG